AUGUUUUUCAUCAAAGAGCUGUCGCACACAAUCUUGCUGCACCCUUCCUAUUUCGGGCCUCGCAUGCUGCAGUUCCUCGAGUCUAAGCUCUAUUCCGAUGUAGAGGGAACAUGUUCUGGCCAGUUCGGGUACAUCAUCGCGGUUGUAUCGAUCCUAGACAUCGGCAAGGGUAUGGUCAUCAGCGGUAGUGGUCAAGCUGAAUUCAUCACACGGUAUCGGGCAAUCGUGUUCAAGCCAUUUAAGGGGGAGGUCGUGGACGGUGUUGUGAACAAUGUGAUCAAGAUGGGCUUUUUCGCCGACGUUGGACCGUUGACUGUGUUUGUCUCACAACAACUGAUCCAUCCGAAUAUGAGAUUCGACCCCAAUUCAAAUCCGCCCUCAUUCGCCUCAGAAGACCAGAUCAUUGAGAAGAAUACCAAAAUCCGACUAAAGAUAGUGGGAACGCGUGUGGACGCGACCGAAAUCUUUGCCAUCGGGACCAUCAAGGAGGAUCAUUUGGGCGUCAUCGAAUGAAGCGAAUAUAGACUUCUGUGUAUAGAUCGUUUCAUACGCAUUCCCGUUCUGACUAUCAUGGCUGUCGAACCUUGUCAUUAAUUGCUGUCUGUAUCAACUAUACUCGUCAAUAAAAUAUACCGCAUGGUUUCUCCUC